AUGGAAAGUGAUCUACUACCAAGAUUUCAUGGAAGUAUAGGGCCAGUGCUGUACAUCAAAUACCAACACCCUGGUGGAGAUUCUCUGUCAGAUUCCCUACCAGCUGAGAAUUCAGAGAAGAAACAUCCACAAGAAGAUGUCUUACCUAGAAAUAAUCAGGAAAAUACUGAAGAACAGCCUCCCCAGGUCCACAGAGAGCAUUCAGAAAAUGAGCUAAAAGUAAAACGUUCACGGACUAGGCACCCGGGAAGAUGGUCACGUAAAAGAACCGAACAGUUAGCAACUCUUGGUGAAGAUGAAGGACCCUUUUCAGAAAAAAAUGUCCGCAGAGCUUUCAUCAGGAAAAUAUAUCUCAUACUGACAAUUCAGCUGGGAUUCACUGUUGGUAUAAUUUGCUUGUUCGUCUACUGGAGAUUUCUUAAAAUUUGGGUACGAAGGCGUCCAUGGUUUUGUUAUGCCCUCUUACCUGCAAUUUUGAUUCUGGCUAUUACCCUUGCCUGCUGUGAUCAUGCCCGCAGAAAAGUCCCACUGAAUUAUAUUUUGCUGUUAAUCUUUACAAUACUUGAGGGUAUGUUACUUGGAUCAAUUGCAAGCUUCUUUGACGCUGAUGGGAUAAUGUGGGCUGUUGCUGGUACAGCAUUUGUGACAUUGGGACUUUCUCUCUUUGCUCUUCAGACGAAGUGGGACCUCACCAUCACAUCAGGAGUUCUGCUGGCUUUGAUUUUUGUGUUCCUUGCUUUUGGAAUACUUUCUGUCAGCCUGAAAUCAAUGUUGAUAACAGUAGUAUAUGCUGCAGUUGGAACGCUCCUUUUUGCCAUAUAUCUAGUGGUGGAUACACAACUAAUGCUGGGAAGGACACACCACUACAGACUGAAUCCUGAUGAGUAUAUUUUUGCAGUACUGAAUGUCUACAUUGACAUCAUCAAUAUGUGUUUGUUCAUACUGCAAUUUGUUGGCUUUAUGAAGUAA